AUGCAUUGCUUUGCACUUCGCAUGCGUCGUAUCCAACUAUCUACUUCCGUAAACAAAAGAAUUUCAGCAUGCGGGAAUUUACAAGAAGCCGACAAUUCCUAAAUCCCGAUGAAGAUUUUGUUUUGCACGGACAGAGAGCUUCAUACAGUGAAAAACCCUUAGGUUUGAGGAACUCUCGAUUGACAAACACAACUUCACGAUUAAGUCAACACAUAUUAGAUCAGGAGGAUAAUUACCGUGACAGAAGAUAUGCGGAGUCACUUGGAGAUCUUGCCAAAAGCUUGGAAAAUACUAGCAAAAAUGUAGACAAUACAUUGAGAAGAAGUGUAACAUUUUCUGGUCAUCACUUGCCAUACAGUUUGAGACACAAAACUCCUUUAGAAGAAGAAUAUGACAAAAUUCGUGAUCGGAAGUUAUUCACAGAAUCUUUUGGGGGUCUUCCUGUUGAUGAUGGUAAGGAAUUGUGGUAUACAAAACCUGUUCACUUAAACCGUCAGGAAUAUUUCUUAUCGCCACGACAUGGAGCAUCAUCAAGAUCAAGGUCACCUCAUAAGAACAGUGGCACAAUAGGUGCUGCCCUUGCUCUUCAAGAUUCAAGUCGGGUUAAUUAUGAUGAAAGAAAUUUGUCAUUGUCAUCUAAGGAUUCAAUGGGACUUAAAUUUUUUCCAGUGACAUUACAGGCCUCCUAUGAACUUAGUGAUUUAGACAGGAAGUUGGAAGAACUUGAAAACAAGCCACGACCUAGAACAGCGAAUUCAUAUGUAAAGACUAGCUAUGAGCCAGAUAGUGUCAACUCUAUGUACCUAUUGGGUUCAGAGGCUCCUGUAACACGCAAGUCAUCACCAUUAUACACAUCUCCAUAUGUAUCUGACUUGUCAUCACUAAGAAUGGAGAGACUACGCAUUGAGGAAGAUAGAUACUUAGAACUUAAAAGGCUACAAGAAUUGGAGAGACUAAGGGGACCACAUAAAAAAUGGUAUGAGUCAACCGGACCAGAUUUCCAUUAUGAAUCUCAUAAAAACACAGAGAUGAUUAAAAGUGAGAAACAUUUUGACAAAUUACUACAAUACAAAGAAGAUUUAAACAGAUCAUCGGCAGAUUGUAGAAAGUCUUAUGAGGCUAUUUGUGUAUGACGUAUGAUUUUAAGUUAGUGUUUAUAGAAAAUAUAUGGCAGUUAGUGUAGUGACACAGAUUGCAUGUAGAGAAAACACCAUUAUGUAAUGGCUUUCUUUGUAUUUCGUAUUUUCAGAGUAAUUGAUAGCUUUUUUUUUCUUUUUUAUAUAUAGAAUAUUUACAUAGUAAAAAGAUGUUAACUAUCACAUUGUAAAGUCAGCAGAAUUUUAACUGACAUACAUGUACAUGUUUGGAUAAACAGGGUUGCCUUUGAAACUGAAACAAUGAAGAAUCCCUGAUACAUAUAGAUUCUACCACUGCAUCGAGUGUGAUACAAUAUUUAUCCACUCGAGACAGUUAAAUUUUCAAAUUUAAAACGCGAGGCUAGGGGGAGGGUUUGGAUCCCGCUAACAUGUUUAACCCUGCCACAUUCUGUAUGUAUGUGCCUGUCCCAAGUCAGGAGAUUGUAAUUUUAUAUAUUUAAAAUUUAAUUGUCGAGAGUUUUGUUAAAAAAGCAGACUACAAGAAAAUUUGACGUCAUAAUUGGAUUUUAACCAAAGAAGAACUGAGAUCAAACGAACCACACGUUGAUUAAAUUUUUUUAUAUACAAUAGGUGCAGAAAAGGAUAAAUUGACGAAGAAUUAGAGAAAUACAGAUACAUGAUAUAGUAGAUCAAACUUUUAAAUUCUUCAUAUUUCAAUUUAUAUUGACUAAGAUGUAUGCAUGUUCAAUGUUUAUAGAAAUGCAAUUUACCUGUUUUUGAUAUUAAGCUUGCAGUGAAAAUUAUAUAACAUUUAUAUAAGUAAUGAGUAAUGUACAAGUCUAAUCAAUUUAAUUUAUCCAACAUAUUAAACAUGUAUAUAUUAGUUAUUUCAAUAAUUCUAUUUAAAAAGUUAUUUUAUCUAGUAGUUUAACUAUUAUUAUUUUUUUAUUAUUCUGUACCAACUAUAUAUACAUGUUUGCUCAGGAAUUCUGCCAAUUUAAGAAAGCAGGUCACUUUCCACUUUUGAAUUUCUUAGCAGCAACUUGGUUCCAGACCUUCCAUUCUUUGCAGCAACCUUUGUUUAUAACUGUUUAUAAGAUAAAUUCACCAUUCAAAAUAUUGAGGACUGUAAUUUUUUAAUUUUGGCUUCUCUCUGCCUUUUGUAUAAAUUUAAGAGUAUGGUUAAGAAGCCAUGGAGAUAAAGUACAUGCUCUUGCUUUAUUGUUCUAGUAGUAAAGUAAAAGUCAUGGAUGAAGACUAUUUCUCAUUAUGAAUACAUGAUGGGCCAAUGAUGAUAGGCAAAUGAUGCUUGUUAAAUUUGUAUGAAUAAAAUGAGAUGUUGGGUAUUCAUCAGUGAGACAGCAACCCAAGGACAAAGAUGACCAAAAGUCAUCUACAUGUAGAAGGGAAUAUACAGCUUUGAACAUUAAAGAGAUGUCUAUACCAUAUUUCAAGCUCUAAAUCGUCCAAAUCUAUAAAAGUUAAAGUUAAAAGAUAAAAACAAACACCAAAUAAAAAAAAACAUUAUAAUAUGACAUAAGACAAACGCAGAUGCCCAAUAAUGUUUAAUGUUUACCCUUGUGUUUAGGGUAAUUAUUUGGCAUUGACCUCAUUUUCUUUGAAACUUUAAAAAAGAGUAAACUCACAAUAUGAGUAAUUUAGAUUUGAUGUUUUUAUCUAGAGGUAAUGUGAUUUCAUUUUCAAGAUGAAUUAAAAAAAAAUGCUACCUUCAUUGUUCUGUAUUGGACACAAUGCAAACAUACUGCGAUUAGAAUAUCUGAUGUCAGUUGUCCACAGAUAUUUAAUUGAAAUUGUUUUUUUUUAUGUAUUUCAUUAAAAAUUGUUAUAAAUAUGAUCAUUAAAGCUGAUUAAUAUUGUGAUUUAAUAUUUCUUGAAACUUUUUGCCAUGCAAUAUUAUGUAUGAUAAAUGAUGAAAGUGUCACUGCUCAAAACAAUUGUAAUUUUACAAAAAAAAAUUGAAAGAUAAAAUGUUAGAAAUUAAUGCAUAUUUUCAUUAAGGCAAAUUUCAGAUUUAAUAAUCAUGUGACAUGUGACUGUUCAUUCAUCUAAGGUAAUUAGUUUUGUAUGAAGUUUGUAUGUAUGAGUCUAAUUAUACUAAUCUUCACUGAAACAUUGAACUUAUCAACAUCAAGAAAUUGUAAAAUUGUUUUUAGAGAAAAUCUUAUUCAACAACAGAAAACAAUAAUAAUAUUUGUCACAUUUAUAAUUUUUAUAACAUGAAGGUGUAUUAUCUUUCAUUUUUAAUUGUAAUUUAGAAAUUGACAAGGAAAUAUGUUGAAAGAAAUGAAAAUGAAACUGAUUUUUUUUACAGUGCAACAUCUAGAAAUAGGUACAAUUUGUUAUCUGACAUUCAUUUGUUCAAUAUACUAGGUCUGAUGAUAUAUGUGUGGUUUCAUUUAAAAAGGGUUGAUUUGAAGAUUUCAUUGUUAAUGGUGUUGUUGAGGUUGUAAUAAUGGUUCAAAUCAGAAAAAAGUAUAAUUAUUAUUUUUGAUUGUGUUUGCCAUAACAUUUAGUGAAUAUAUAACCAGUAUUAUGAUGUAUAUAAAUACGUUAAGUAUUAUUUCUUUUUACACAAUUUGUGUAUUCCUUACAUUUUGUUAUUUAAAUGUGAUACAGAGCUUUUCAUAUUACAGCGUAAUAAAGAAAAUAUACCAAG